GCUGGGGACUCCACAAGCGGGCCGGAGAAGAAUGGAGUGCAGAAGCACCAGCUGGGUGUGAGGGAGACAGGCACGCAGUCCGGGGGUUACUGGAUCAUCGACCGGGGGAGCCUGACCCAGGUGGCCGCCGAACCGGAGCCGAAGCCGGAGCCGGGCCUCCGCGCCGCGCCAUGGCGCCCACCCUAGCCACAGCCCAUCGGCGCCGCUGGUGGAUGGCCUGCACAGCCGUGCUGGAAAACCUCCUCUUCUCGGCAGUCCUCCUGGGCUGGGGCUCGCUGCUCAUCAUGCUUAAGUCGGAGGGCUUUUACUCGUACCUGUGUACUGAGCCAGAUACUGUCACCAACGGCACAGUGGGGGGCACAGCAGAGCCGGAGCAGGAAUCCGAGGAUGUCAGCUGGAUGAAUGGCUGGCUUAGCUGCCAGGCCCAGGAUGAGAUGCUCAACUUGGCGUUCACCGUAGGCUCCUUCCUGCUCAGUGCCAUCACCCUGCCUCUCGGCAUCGUCAUGGACAAAUAUGGCCCAAGGAAGCUCAGGCUGCUGGGCAGUGCCUGCUUUGCUGUCUCCUGCUUGCUGAUUGCCUAUGGAGCAAGUAACCCGAACUCCCUCUCCGUGCUCAUCUUCGUUUCCCUGGCUCUGAAUGGCUUUGGUGGGAUGUGCAUGACUUUCACCUCAUUAACACUACCCAACAUGUUUGGCGACCUUCGGUCCACGUUUAUUGCCUUGAUGAUUGGAUCCUAUGCCUCAUCCGCAGUCACCUUCCCUGGGAUCAAGGUCAUCUAUGACUUCGGUGUCUCCUUCAUCAUCAUCCUUGUGGUCUGGGCAAGCUGCUCGGGAUUGGUUUUCCUCAACUGCUUCUUUAACUGGCCCCUGGAGCCCUUCCCAGGGCCGGAGGACAUGGACUAUUCGGUGAAGAUCAAGUUCAGCUGGCUGGGCUUUGACCACAAGAUCACAGGGAAGCAGUUCUAUAAGCAGGUGACCACGGUGGGGCGCCGUCUCAGCGUGGGCAGCUCCAUGAGGAACAGCAAGGAGCAGGCAGCACUGCAGGAGGGCCAUAAGCUGUGCCUGUCCACCAUCGACCUGGAGGUCAAGUGCAAGCCGGACGCUGCAGCGGCGCCCUCCUUCAUGCACAGCGUGUUCAGCCCCAUCCUGCUGCUCAGCCUCCUCACCAUGUGCAUCACGCAGCUGCGGCUCAUCUUCUACAUGGGCGCCAUGAACAACAUUCUCAAGUUCCUGGUCAGCGGCGACCAGGACGUAGUUGGCCUCUACACGUCCAUCUUCGGUGUCCUCCAGCUGCUCUGCCUGCUGACAGCCCCUGUCAUUGGCUACAUCAUGGACUGGAGGCUGAAGGAGUGUGAAGAUGCCUCAGAGGAGCCUGAGGAGAAAGACGCCAACCAAGGCGAGACGAAGAAGAAACGAGACCGGCAGAUCCAAAAAGUCACCAACGCCAUGCGGGCCUUCGCCUUCACAAACCUGCUGCUCGUGGGCUUUGGGGUGACCUGCCUCAUUCCCAACCUGCCUCUACAGAUCCUCUCCUUUAUCUUACACACAAUUGUGCGAGGAUUCAUCCACUCUGCUGUUGGGGGCCUGUAUGCUGCCGUGUACCCCUCCACCCAGUUCGGCAGCCUCACGGGACUGCAGUCGCUGGUCAGUGCACUCUUCGCCCUCCUGCAGCAGCCCCUGUUUCUGGCCAUGAUGGGUCCCCUCCAAGGAGACCCUCUCUGGGUGAAUGUGGGGCUGCUUGUCCUGAGCAUGCUGGGGUUCUGCCUCCCCCUCUACCUCAUCUGCUACCGGCGCCAGCUGGAGAGGCAGCUACAGCAGAAGAGGGAGGAUGACAAGCUUUUCCUCAAGCUGAACGGCUCCUCCAACCGGGAGGCUUUCGUGUAGCACCCACCACCUCAGAACUAUGGUCUCCUGCCCUUGCUUCAGUGACUCACCAGUGUCCUCCUCCCCAUCCCAGAGGACCUCCGUGCACCCUCAGGAUCCUUGCCUUCACAUUUUGGAGUCCACGCUCCCUCCCAGGGCCCUAGUCCUGCCUUGGAGCUCUGCAGCGGAAGGACGGGAGAGGGCCCGGAUGUGUGAUUUUCCUAGUGCCGGAAGCAAGGGCUGCUGUGGGCUUUGCUCUGCCAUCCUAGAGGGGCCCUUGGGCUUUGAGGCUCAAUGGGGCCUGCAGGGGGAGCAAGAAGGAGCCCCAGCAGACAGGCUCUCUCCCUCAUGUGUCUGGAUUCUGCCUCUUGCCAAAGCAGUGGGGUCUGCCAUCUACUGCCUGCCACCUGCCUCUCGGCCGCAUGCCCACUGGCCACACCUGCCCAAGGACAAAGGCUCUCACCGUCUGCACCCCCUCGCCUGCCCCUCGACCUCCUCCCUUGGCCAGUCGGAGGCUGCCUGAGGAAGGAAGGACCCGCUUCCUGUUGUUGGUGCUAACUCCUUUGUAAUUCUAGCCCCCUGUGGCCUGUCCGUGACCUGUCCUCCUGUUCUAGGCCUGUGGAGAAGCUCCCCCCGCCGGCUGAAAGCCUGGGGAGGGGAUGGAGGGCUGGAUAGUCAGGCAUCGCUCAGGAGCCAAGGACAAGGCUAAUGAGCAGUCCCUCACCUCCUCCCUCAGGGCGAGGAGUGUUUCCGCUGCCACCCUCCAUCCAGCCUGUGACCUGAAGGGAAUUAAAACAGCACCAACAGGGCACCCCCGACACACACAGCUGUUUUUAUGGGGGUGGAAGUCAGGCUGUUGCUGACAGACAUGGAGGGCCAGGCCUGACUGGGGAGAUGGGGUUGUGAAGGGCUUAGGGGUGUGUGUACUUGUGGGAUGUGUGAGAGGUGUGUAUGUGGGGUGGUUCUGAGGUGGGGGUUCUGGGUGUCUGCCCUUAACCUCCCAGAGCCGUGGGACAGGCAGCCCAGGCCUGCCACAGGCCCAGGGUCCUGAGGCUGCCUUGCUCUGGUCCUGGAGCUUGUUUGAGGCCGUGGGGUUAUAGUGCCCCCUGCCGGCAGGCUCUUCCGGGGCACCGUAGCUGUUUACUUGAGAGAGGUGGCUCUCUUCCAGGCUGGCCUGGCUCUCCAGCCACCCGCCUGACUGCCCCCAGAAAUGGGUCUGAGACUUCCUGGGAGCGCUCAGCAGGGUGGGUUGAUUUUUAGGUUUAUACUUUUGGGUCUUUUAAGUUUUACCAGACUCCUUUUUAUAAAGCAAUAAAUCCCAUUUUUCCUUCUGGGAAGGGA